AUGAGCUACGUACGCCGAGAUUCCAGUGGGUCUUUCGCAACGCCUGGUAUCAUGCAUCAUCAGAGUAAACUGGACGUAUUCAUCAUAAAGGCACACCGGGUCUUGUCCAACAAUGCAGUGAUCAAUGGGGAAGACGUGAGUGUGCUCAAUACGGCGUCAAGCUCACCAAGAUCCAAUGGGCCGAUCAACGGGAGUUCACCUCAUAAUGAUUUAACGCUUUUCCAACGACUGUCACAACUUUACAACGCAACUAUCUCCACAAGCUUGCUGGACGACAAUUCUACGUCGCCGAAGUCUGCAAUCGAGCUGUUCCAGCGGUUUCAGCAGAUCAUGAAAGAACUGGAGCUCAGCUAUGAGGUCAGUCCCUACGGCAAGUAUUUCCGUAAGCUCGAUAACGGACUGUGGCAGAUUAAAGACGACUCGGAGCUACUGAACGAUCAGCUUUGGCAGCUGGUCUCGGUAUCGAUCAGCACGGUGUUUGACUGGAAAACGGGCCAGAUGCUAAACCAAAAUAGACGUCGUGUCAAUAGCAUGGCCACUUCAACAAAAAACUCGCCCUCAGAAGUCAUCGACCAUACGCUGCCGCAGCAGUUACAGAAACGACUCCAAAAACUGCAACAGGACAGUCGGCAUAAUUUCUACUCCACGUCGCCUGCUAGUCCUUCGGUAGUGGCCAGCGGCAAUGGAGUGCGAUCGAAUCAUAGCAAUACAUCCAGUGGGAGAGAAGUACUGCUGGGUUCCGGACCUGUUGGCAACCCCAACAGUAUAAACGCUGCUACAAUGGUCAACAACAACAACAAUAACAACAAUAUCAAUAAUCAGAACAACAAUAACAAUCACAAUGUCAACAAUAUCAGCUCCCAUAUGGUCACCAGCAUGAGUCCCGGCAUCAACCCUAAUCCGAACUCUGGCACCACUUCUGGUAUGACUUCUGGCAUGAAUUCUGGCAUGACUCCUGGCUUGAACUCUGGCAUGACUCCUGGCAUGAACUCUGGCACAAAUCCCAGCAUAAACACUAACAUGGACACGUCCCGCAUCAAUCUGAACGUGGAUCCGAGCAUAAACACCAGCAUGACUUCCAACAUUGACAAUGCCAUCAAUCCAAACAUAGCUGCAGCCAUGAAUACGCAUAGCAAUUCCAAUUUCAACGCUGCGAUCAACCCCAGCUUGAAUAACAUGAAUUUGGCUCUCAACAUGGGGUUAGAAGCCCUCAAUUGCAAUCCACAGGGGAAACGCAAAUACGUUGGUGUGGGAACCCCGGACGAAGAUGCGGUGGACGAACUCCUGCAGCUGGCCACCAAGAAGGCCAAGUCAGAUCUGCCUACGAUUGAGGAAGACACAUCGCAGCAGCAACAUCGGCAACAGCAGCAACAAGAACAACAGCUUCUGAUGCGUUCCGGAAAGAUUGCUGAUGUUUCCGACGUCUACGAACGGCUCCUUAAGGAAAAGGAUCACAGAAUCAAACAGCUUGAAGCAGAUCUCGACUCCCAAAGACAAGAGACCCGUUGGCUGCAAAAAAUGUUACUCGAAGAUUUGGCAUGCGUGCGUAGUAUGCUUUAUAAGGAUUCCCGGAAUCGUUCAUGA